AAAAAAUAAAGUAAAAAACUUUUCACUUACGCCAUUCCAAGAGAGAGCAAAAAGACCAGAAAACCGAUUCUCCUUCUUCUUCUUCUUCGUCUUCGUCUUCGUCUUCUCUCCACAAUAUCCAGUCGAAUCCUCCAAAACAAUGCAAACAAAGGAAAAAAAAGCUGAGAUUUUGAAUAUGGCAACUUAGAUAUCUUUUUUUCCGUGAUCUUUAGUUUCUCCCUCCACUUGAUUUUUUUUUUUACUGUGCCCCAAAAUGGAGAAUCAAGAGGUUUCUUGUGGUGAUGAUGAGCUGCCGUUGAACCACGUUGGAGAUGAGGAAGAUUUUAGAAGCUGUUGUGGUGAUGAAGAAGUCUGGUUAAAGGAGAGUGAUGAUACAGCUAAAGUACCAGAUGAGGAGGAGAAUAAAGAUGAACUUGAGGAUGAGUUCUCUGUUAAGAUGUUCUUUAAAGGAGUUUCUAUAUCCGGAGGAGGAGAUUCGGGUUCUGGCUACUCUGGAAUUGGUGUUGUGUUGGAGAGAUCAGGAGGUUCUGAGUUGAUUCAGGUCCAGAAGAAGCUGGACUUUUAUGCUGAAGAGUCUGUAGCUAACUAUUUAGCUUUGAUAGAUGGUCUUACAGUAGCUUUACAGAACAAUCUCAGUUCUGUUGUUGCUGUAACGGACUCAGAGCUGCUCUAUAAUCAGAUAACUUGUGAGGAGAAUCUUGAAGUCCCUCUUCUGGUAGCUUUAAGAGAAAGGGUACUGGAGAAAACAACUACUCUUGAUGGGUUUGUUCUAAAGCUUUCUCCUUUCUGUGAUCUUGACCAAGCUCUAAGCCUAGCUCAAGUAGCGGUAGGAAUUUGUAAUCUUGAUGUGGAUAAACCAGCUGAGAACUGCUCCAUCUGCUGUGAAGACCGUCUCUCCGAGAUGAUGCUCACACUAAAAUGCACUCACAAGUUCUGUUCUCACUGCAUGAAAACAUACGUCGAAGGGAAAGUGAACUCUUCAGAAGUUCCCAUCAGGUGUCCUCAACUGCAAUGCAAGCAUUACCUCUCAUCCACCGAAUGCAAAACCUUUCUCCCCGUCACAUCUUUCAACUCAUUCGAGGAAGCUAAUCUGCGUUGUACCAACAACGGCAAGGUUUACUGUCCGUAUCCCAAUUGCUCCUUUCUGUUAGACCCGCGUGAAUGUCUAUCAAGUGCAAGUGCAAGCUCAAGCUCGUCUAGUAUGUCUGAGAGUAGCUGCUGUGUGAAGUGUCCACUCUGUGAGAGGUUUGUGUGCGUGGACUGUGGUGUUCCUUGGCACGAUUCUAUGAGCUGUGAAGAGUUUCAGAUUCUCCCGGUUGAUGAAAGAUAUCCAGAUGAUAUAACGUUGCAUCGCUUGGCUAGGUAUAAGAGGUGGAAACGGUGUCAGCAAUGCCGCAUAAUGAUCGAGCUUGCUCAAGGCUGCAACCACAUGACUUGUCGGUGCGGGCAUGAGUUUUGCUACUGUUGUGGAGCAGAGUACAGAGAAGGGCAACAGACUUGCACUUGCGCUUUUUGGGACGACGAGGAAGAAGAUGAAGAAAACUCAGAGUCUGGAAACACAAUCCAAGAGCUUGAGCAAUGGCCUUGGGACACAUUCAGCUCAAUUCCAACUGUAAUGGACGCUUACUCCGAGCAAGAAAGAUCUCAGCUUGCUUUGAUCCAACGGUUCUUAGCGGGUGGAGGGUUUAGUCUCAGUGAUCACCAUACUUCUUAUCAGUCGCCACCACCGCCUCCUCCUCCAUGUACUACAGAGUCGUCGUAUGUUGAAGCAGCCAUGAAAGAUCUUCACCAGCUUCCUUGGCUUGAGAGGUUUGUGGCGGUUAUAAGUGAUGAUUACUAUGAAGAGUUUAAUAUCCAGUGAAGGUUUUGGUUUUGGAAGACGCUUAACGGGAGUCUCUCGCUCUCUGAAGAAAUUGUUGGGGUUUUAGAUUCUUGAUUGAACUUAAAAGAUGAACUGUGAUUGAAACUAUUUGCUUCAACUAUAUAUAUAUAAAAAAAAACAUUUUAAGUGGUCCA